AUGUCUAUGAAUAUUCCAAAUGUGGUCCCUUUGAGGAGCAAGAAUUUGAUUCUUACUCGCGACGGAAAGCCACGUUGUGCGGUACUUGGCAGCAGCAUACUGAAAGUAUACCGAGAGCGAGAAGAAGAUAAAGGCAAAAGAGAAGAUGAGUUGGAAGGAUUGGGAAACGUGGAGUACAGUUGGCGCUGCACCCUUCCAGCCAAAGCGUCCGUCAAAAGCAUCAAAAGCGCUUUGGAAUGCAUUGACGAAAAAUUCCAAUCUGAACGCCUGACGGAAAUUUCCAACGACAAAUCCGAAUCUGAAUAUUUGAAGGAGAUCGCCAAGCUCUGUAUAGCCGUAACACAAUGGGAGGAAGAGCGUCAACACCAAUCCGCAAACACGCCUAGGGCCCCGUCAGUCACACCCGAGUCUCAGCGCUCCAGGGCGACUACGCCUACUCCUCCUCCGCUACCCGAGACCCCGACAAAGCAAACAGCUCCACAAAGUCCAUUAUCAAGUGUAAGCGUUGCAGCUCCUCAAUCUUCUUAUGGCAAUCUCCUAUGGAAAAAUAUGGGGUCCAAUGAUAUCAAAAGCGGCUGGUUAUAUGUCUUCAGCAUCGAGAACCUCGAGGGAUACUACAAACUUGGAUACACGACUGUGAGCAUGACAGAUGUCAGAAACAGACUCCGAUCCCAUCUCAAGUGCUACAAGGCAAUCAACGUUGUUGCACUGAUUGGAAUCGAUAAUGCUGCGCGCUACGAACAGCUGAUCUUCAAGUGCUUGUCGCAGUGCCGACGCAGUUUUAUAUGUCCGCACGCCCACUAUCCCAAGCGGCACAGGGAGUGGCUGCAAAUCGACAAGCAGUCGCUACUAGAAGUCAUAUAUUCUUGGCAAAGGUUGUCCGGUGCGGGACUCUAUAGCCCGGACGGGAAGCUUCAGCAAGCGUUUCUUCAGUCUACUUCUCCAAGGUCUCCUUCUGUUGUGGACGAGGUGCUCAAUGAGUACCAUUAUUCGCGCCUCUACACGCCCCAAAGUAAAUCCCGCUCAGCAAAAGAUCUCACCGAUGAAUUUGCAAAGAUGUCGGUGAAAGAUCCAUUGCGCUCACCCAGUCGGGCCGGAGAAGACGAUGAUGACGAGGAGGAUGAAGAUGCAGUCGGUCAAUCCAGCCCUAGCCUGAGAAAGCAGAAAGACAUCAAAACCACAGAACCCCGUCGCCGUCCCGCACGGCCAAUGGUGAAGGAAGAGUUGGCAUACUAGAUUCCACCCCGCCUGUCAGAUUAUUCAGUGUGGUCCGGAUCAAAGACGAUGGUAUUACUUGCUUUUGUUUGAGGAAUCUGCUUUCUUUGAAGGUUUAUAUCCUGUCUCUUGUCUCUUGACUCGGAUAGGAGGGGAUGCAAUGC